CGCAAACUCCAAAGUUCCAGCUGUAAACUUCCGGCGUGAAGGUGAUGCACGUGAAAACGUUCUCACCCUGGAAAAAACAGUAGUGAUAGCUAGACGAUAGCCUUAAUGGCUCAUCGAAAGGAAGUGCUGUCUUUGUAUAGAAGAAUCCUACAACUAGCAAGAACUUGGGAAUCUGUGACAGCUGAUCCAAAGACAACAGCAGAUGAGAAACAAUUUAUCAAAGAUGAGGCAAAACAAUUAUUUCGCAAAAACAAAUUUAUAUCAGAUGAAAAAGAAAUUAAAGACUGCAUGAAGGAAGCAGAGACAAGAAUAGAAAUGGCAUUGCAUUAUAAAAUCCCUUAUGCAAGAAUGGUGAAUUUUCCCCAGCAUUCUGUAUUGCCUCCUGGUCCUGGAAGAAAGAAAGGGAAAUUGGAUAAAAAACUUAUUCAGCAGUCUAAACCAAUUUAUGUUAAAUCCUUAGAUCCAGAUAAAAGCUAGCAGUGUUUAAUAAGGGUUUUCUUUUCAACGUGGAAAGCCUUGAGUAAGAGUGCUUCCAUAUUUAUAUUGUAUUUAUUAUACGAGGCAUUGAUAAAGACUCUUAAAGAAUGAAGAAUGAGCCUACAGUGUGAUGUGUGUACUUUCAUUAUUUUGCCCAAGGAGGUGAUAUAUGAGAAACUUGUGACAAGAAAAAUUGGAAAAUGUUUUCAUGUUUGAGUUCUGAAACCAGCAUGCCAUAAGCUAGGUAUUAUAUAAGUCAAUGUAACAGUUUUGUUGUACUAAGUAAUAUGCCAGUUUGCAUCACAUCUGGCAGGAUCUCUGUUACGAAAUGCAAAAAAGUGCUUAUGAAUUUUUUUCAUCUAAGGACCUUUUUUGUGUGUGUGUGGGGGGGGGGGUGCAAUUAAAUAUUUACUGUAUGUACCGUAUUCUGUGCGAAGAACAUGAAAAGAUGUAACUUAAGUAAUCCAGUAUUUUAUUUGCAGAACUUAAAUCCUCAUUUGUAUCUAAAAAGAUAUUACAUUUGCAUUCUCAUGAAGUUUUGAUGUACUCCAUGCAUAUGGAUGCAGGAUAAAGUAAUGUUGCUUUUAUGGCAUCUGAACACCGGGAGCACCAUCUGGUGGCAAUAUGACCCACAUGUACUGAUAUUCUUUGAUCAUUUUUUGAAUUGAAUGAGGAGCAUUGCAACUGUUAUUUUGAUUCUGUUUCCCAAUCAUAACAAUUAGCCUGGAUUUUUGUAGAUGAGUCACCAGGUGUUCUGUAUCGUAAUGAAAUGUUAAAACUCACUGAAUUAUAAAUCAGACAUGAGCCUAGGUUUCCAA